AAUUAAAAUUUUGCUUUUAUUUUUGUUGACACCUUAUCAACAUCUGUAAUUAUUAAAAAAUUUGCAGUCUAAAAGGUGAUUGCACUAAUUAUUCCGCUAUUUUUGUGUGCACAGGGUAAAUAAAUUAAGUAAAAAUGGAUAUACUGAAAGCAGAAAUUGCUCGCAAACGUAAACUUCUGGAGGACAAAAAGCUCGUGGACGGAAAGAAAAAGUUUUUCAAACGAGGAGAAUUGCUGGCUCAGGAACAAGACGAAUAUAACCAGAAAUUCGGCCAACAAGCGAGUGGUAGUGCAGAAACUCAGGCAAAUAGCAUAGACGGCGAAAAAUCACCUACCAAAGAUUCGAGGUUCGAUUUCCGAAACCUUCCCCGUUCCGAAGUGAUCCGCAAGUUACGAGAGCGUGGCGAACCGAUUUUUCUGUUCGGGGAGUCUGAGGCGGAUUCCUGUUCGCGGCUGCAUCUCUUGGAAAUCUCGGCUCCAGAGGUGAACCGUGGCUUUAGAAAUGAUUUUCAGGAAGCCAUGGAGCAAGUUGACGAGGAAUAUCUGAAUGAAAUUUUAACUUCCAAUGGCACUGGAUUAAGCAAGGGGAAAAGUUCGAAUGAGGAUUACGCUAUCGAGGAUUCAGUAAGCUACGAGUCGAUACAAGAGAUGGCUGUUCGUCUUGGGAGAAGUGGCAAAGAACAUGAUAUGCACGUGAUUACUACGCUGAUACAGUUUAUGCUGAAAAUGUGGAACGAUCAGUUGAAUUCAGGGACUUCUGCGGAACGAACAGCGACAAGAUGGAAGAUUGCGAGAGCUACGUUUGAGCAGACUCGUCUUUAUUUGAAGCCGUUGCUGAGAAAAUUGCGCAAUAAAAGUAUACCGGAGGACAUUUUAGACAGUUUGACAGAUAUCACUAAAAGCCUGCUGAAGAGAGAUUACAUCCAUGCAAGUGAUGCGUAUCUUACAAUGGCCAUCGGCAACGCCCCCUGGCCAAUUGGUGUUACUAUGGUUGGUAUCCAUGCUCGUACUGGUCGUGAGAAAAUCUUCUCUAAAAAUGUGGCUCAUGUAAUGAACGAUGAAACUCAACGUAAGUACAUACAAGGACUAAAACGACUGAUGACCAAAAUGCAAGAUUUUUUCCCUACCGAUCCAUCUAGGUGUGUAGAGUACGUUAGCAAGAAGGAUAGAGUAGAUUAAGUUGAUCUUAGAUUAGAGAUAAUAAUAAUAGAAAAAAAUAAUGGAAUUUCAUAAUAA